CUGGUGACUAGUGAACUGUGUAGCUGUGCGAAGUGAGAGUAGGAGACCCAUUUGGAAGACGAAUGGAUUCUCAAUGGAGAUUCAACGGGACCGCCCUGAGGACCCUGAUGGCCCAGGAGAGAGCCCAGUUGAUGGCCAAGGAGAGAGCUCAGAUAUUCUCCCUGUAUGAACAGGGACCCCGCAAAAGGCUCUUUGUUGAUAUUGGUGAUGAGAACAAAGACAAUGAUGAGUUCAUCUCAGACAGGUUUGGCUUCUUGCGGGAGAAGCCACAGCCCCGGGACAGUGCCCUGGGGACUAAGCAAAGACGGACAGAGUCCCGGAGACUCCGAAAGUGGGUCAAAAUGUUGAAUAAUUAUAGCAAGUAUUACGGCAGUAAGAAGUUCCAGCAAAGAUGCUUCAAGGGAAUCCCCAGCGAGGUGCGGGGCAAAGUAUGGAAGCUAAUGCUGUCUGUGGACAUCAAGAAGGCACAGAACCCGGGCACAUUCGAGGUGCUGAAGGAGCAGGCCCGGCUGCACUGUGAUCAAGUCCAUGAGAUCGACACUGCAGUGCACUGGACAUUCAGAAAUCACCUGAUAUUCCGAGAAAGAUAUGGAAUGAAGCAACGGGCCUUAUUUGAUGUGCUGGUAGCCUAUGCCAUGUACAACCCCGAGGUGGGCUAUGGCCAGGGCCUGAGCCACAUAGCGGCACUGUUGCUUAUGUGGUUGAGUGAGGAAGAUGCAUUUUGGGCUUUGGUCCAGCUCAUGGAGAAUUUUGGAGGUGCGGAGUUCUGUGCGAGUAGCUUGAAUCAUGGAGCUCAAACAUCUGAAGAUGACUGGGCCAAAAAAUAA